AUGCCACCAGUGCAUCUUCUCACCGGUCUCCUUGCAGCAGCAGCUUGCAUAAGCAGCGUAGCUGCUGUCCCACAAGCUCCAAAAACUUGUACCUAUACCUACCGACUCCAGGAACUCGCAAACCUCCCCCCGGGGUACGGUAAAGACUGGAAGAAGGUGCAGCAAGAUCUCUGCACCAAGUUUGGUGCUCGUUGGGACCCAAACAACGGCUUUUGUUAUAUUUCAAAAUCGCUGUCAGACAAAAUUUUACAUCUUGACGUCCAGCCUGAUCCCGAUAAACCCGGUCUCAAGCCUAUCAAUGUCCGAGCCAAGUAUAUCGAUGUCUUUCCCCCCAACUGUAACUGA